AUGACAGACGACAGGAAGAUCGAAGGAGCUGAAGACUUGAUCAGCAAUUUACCAGAUGUGAUCCUCCAACACAUACUCUGCUUUGUUCCGACCACCAAAGUAGCCAUCAGAACUUCCCUCUUGUCUAGACGAUGGAGGCAUGUCUGGUGCGAGGUACCUUCUCUCCCCUUAGAUGUCGGUACACUGACGACUGCAGCUUCGGUAAACGAAGCCCUAACUCGCUACACAGCUCCCAAGACAAAGAGUUUUCACCUCACAAUAAAAUACGUAAUGAAGAACAUACCAUACAUGGACACGUGGAUCAAGUUCGCCAUGUCACACAGCGUUGAGAAUCUUUCCCUGGAUUUCCUUCAUCAUUAUUAUAGAUAUAAGCUUCCAGAUUUCCUCUACAACAGUUCGUCUGUCAAGCAACUCAACAUUAACCGUAACCAAACGAUUGUUCCACAGUGCACUGUGUCUUGGACAUCCUUGCACAAGUUAUCCUUGAAAUUUUGUAGACUCUCUGAUGAAUCCAUGGCUAAGAUUCUAUCCGGUUGUCCGGUUCUCGAAUACUUAAAAUUGUAUCACUGCGGUGAACUAAAUGUUCUUGAUCUCAGCCAAUCUCCACGUCUGAGAACAUUGGAAGUAAUACGUAACAUGACAACGGUUCGGGGGCCAAGACAGAUUGUGGCACCACACAUCCAUUGUCUCAGACUGUAUGACCCUCAGUUAUCAUGUUCUUUGGUCGAUGUCGCUUCUUUAACCGAAGCUAGGCUGGAAAUUUCCUGUGUCUCAUUGAACUCUGACUUCAACGCUAAUUUUCUCCAAGUCGUGGUGUUAAAGAUGCUAGAAAAUUUAAAGAACGCAGAGAAGGUUAAGCUAGGGAGAAACUUUAUUCAGAUUUUAUCUCUUGCUGAGAUUCGUGGUGUUCCUUUCCCGGUGCUCAAGGUCAAAGCAUUGACUCUUGAUACAAAGAUCUCUCACUAUGUUAUUCCUGGCAUCGAAAGACUGUUACAAAACUCACCUGAUUUAGAGAAGCUAACAGUAGGUGGAAGGGCUCCUUUCCGCAUGCCGGUGGUAUUUCUUGACAAAUACUUGAAACUACAAGGCUUUAACGUGAACAAAUGCUGGAGAUCAAAAGAUGGAGGAGCCUCUUGGAAUGAAGAGCACUGUGUGGAUGCAAAAUUAGAGCAUGUGGCUUCAUUAGUGGAACUUUUGCUUAUAAACUGUACAGAGAAAUUAUAUAAGAUUGUCCUACUGUUGGAUGAACGUUACCUUAAGUUUAAAACUGAAGACCUGACUGCAACACUUUCUCACAAUAACAAUGUCACCAUUGUGCUGAUCUCUUUAUAGGGGGUUAUAAAGUCUUUGAGUGUCAUUGAACAUUUAAUAUUUGUUUUUAUGCAACUUGUAUGUCUACUUUAUUACUUGCGAUUUGUACUCGAAGCAUGGAAUCAAACUCGAAGAGCAUAUGAUAUGGAACCAGUGAGGCUUAGAACCUGAGAAGGAGAGACUUAUUCAUCA